AUGGCCGGAGCUCCGAAUCAAGCUUCAAAAGGUCGAUAUGAGCCGCCAAUUGGGCCGAGACAGUGGAGGGGACCACCAUCAUGGCUAUUUCCGGCUGUUUCAGUGACGACAGCAGCACUAACAAACUCGACGCUAGGAGCAACUAGUCUGCCGGCGCCUACCUCGGCCAGGACCACGGACUCACCCACCGAGCUACCCGGCACAGCCGCUAGCACGACACCGCAGACGAUUGGGUUUACGGUAGACCGGCAGUCGUCCCGCACAAGCCUCACGACCAGUACUAUGCCCACCGACACUACCACCACGACCGGAAGCUCCCCGACGACUGGUAUCUCCGAGUCCUCCGACAAUGGCGACUCCGGGAUCGGGAGCAACAGGACCUUCAUCAUCGCCCUCAGCACCGUCCUCUCGGUAGUGGGACUGGUUUUGAUUGCAGGGACUAUCUUCCUCUUUUGGAGGAAACGGCAACGGGGUUUUCUCUCUAGGGGCGUAUCCCCCAUCGACGACGAUGAAAUCGAACGAUGGAAGUCGCCUCGUGACGAGAAGACGAGAUACCAUGCCGGGGACACCGACCUCGAGGGCGACGCCAUUUUCCACAAAGAGACGGGCGUCCCGUCAUCACACUCCAAACAGCUAUCUAACGGCUCCGUGAAGAAGCCCCCGAGCGUGAUCGUCUACAACAACCUCAACAACAUCAACCGAGGCUACGAAACCCAAGGCACCCGCCACUCCACCGACGCCGAUUCCCGCCGUUCCUUCGUCCAAAACCACCCGGCCUUCACCUCCCCCUCUGCUGCCCCAUCCCGCAAAACCAGCUUCGACAACAUCAACAUCAGCAACACCAAAGGCCUCCCCCAACUCCCCAUCCAAGCCCGCGCCCCCAACGCCCGCGCCGGUCUCACCGACGAGUCCGUCCCAGGCGACGAGCCCUUCCUCUACAGCCCCAAACGCACCCCCUCCCGCCUCUCCAAACUCCCGUCCAACUCCGCCCUCAACACCCGUCGCGGCCACCACGCCCGCGCCCGCAGUUCCCGCAGCAGCGCCCGCAGUUUCGGGGAUUACUACUACCCCGGUGCGAGCACAGGCGGUGCCGGGUCCAGCCGGGCCGGGUCCGACUUGGAGUUGGCCGCCGCCGGGUCGGCCGUGGUGCUGCCGAGGCAUUCGCACGACCAGAUCCGGCGGAGUAGCCGGAAUUCUGGGAAUGCUGGCGGCGGUGGUCCACGGCGGAGCAGUCACUCUAGGGUGUACUCGUCUUCUUCCAUUCCACCGAGAUUGUCGAUUGGCGACGAGGUGAUGUUUGGGGGGCUUUCGCCUGCACGGCCGAGGUUCCCUGGCGAGGGGGAGAUUGGAAGGGCGAUUGGCUGA